AUGGAAAAUCUCAUACCAGUUGUGAACAAAUUGCAAGAUGUUUUUGCUACUCUUGGACGAAAAGAAGACCAAAUCCAACUACCCCAAAUCGUCGUCGUCGGUUCACAGAGUGCUGGAAAAAGUUCAGUGUUAGAAAAUUUGGUCGGUCGUGAUUUUUUGCCAAGGGGAACUGGAAUUGUUACGAGGAGGCCACUCAUAUUGCAGUUGAACUAUGUAGAACUUAGAAAUGAAAAGCGACGAUUGGCAAAUGGAAAAAUGAUCGAGGAUGAUUGGGCGAUGUUUGAGCACACGGGAAACAAAGUGUUUACCGAUUUCAACCUUGUUCGAAAAGAAAUCGAAGAUGAAACAGACAGAGUUACUGGUGUUAACAAGGGAAUUUCGACAGUUCCGAUUAGUCUCAAAAUUUAUUCGCACCGCGUUGUUUCACUUUCCCUCGUGGACUUACCUGGAAUCACAAAAAUUCCUGUUGGCGAUCAGCCGCAAAAUAUUGAAGAGCAGAUUCGCGAAAUGAUCCUUUCUUAUAUUUCUAAUCCAUCUUCUAUAAUUUUGGCUGUCACGCCAGCCAAUCAGGAUUUUGCGACUUCAGAACCAAUAAAAUUGGCGCGAGAGGUCGACAAUGGCGGUCAACGAACACUUGCUGUAUUAACAAAGCUUGAUUUGAUGGAUCAAGGAACUGAUGCCAUGGAUGUUCUUAUGGGAAAAGUCAUUCCGGUGAAGCUCGGAAUUAUCGGCGUUGUGAAUCGUUCACAACAAGCAAUUCUUGAUAACAAACCGAUAAGCGAAGCGAUUAAGGAUGAGCAGUCUUAUUUGCAAAAAAAGUAUCCUACGUUAGCAAGCCGCAAUGGAACCGCAUACCUUGCAAAACGGUUGAAUAUGUUGUUAAUGCAUCAUAUUCGGAAUUGCCUACCUGCUUUGAAAGCGCGGGUUUCCAUAAUGAAUGCACAAUGUCAAGCCGAUCUCGUUGCAUUUGGUGAACCUGUGGAAGAUAAGAAUCGUACACUGUUGCAAAUAAUAACGAGAUUUGCCACUGCAUACACAUCCACCAUUGAAGGAACAUCAAGAAAUAUUGAAACUACAGAGCUAUGCGGUGGUGCUAGGAUCUGCUACAUUUUCCACGAUACAUUUGGAAAAUCUUUAGAAUCUGUAAAUCCUUUAGAAAACCUAUCUCAGUUAGACAUUUUAACUGCAAUCAGGAAUGCAACUGGACCUAGACCAGCUUUGUUCGUUCCCGAAGUUUCGUUUGAACUUCUCGUUAAACGCCAAAUUCAGCGGCUGGAAGAGCCUUCUUUGAGAUGUGUUGAACUUGUUCACGAAGAAAUGCAGCGCAUGGUUCAACAUUGUGGUUUUACAACACAGCAGGAAAUGAUCAGAUUUCCUAGAUUAUAUGACAAAAUCAAUGAAGUUGUUAGUGGAGUUUUGAAAGAAAGACUCAAGCCGACAAACGAAUUGGUAGAGAACCUUAUUGCUAUCGAAUUGGCUUAUAUAAACACAAAACAUCCAGAAUUUACUGAAGCGAAUCUUGUCACUCUUUUAAAGGAAGAGAUUUCAUUAGAUGAGCGCCAUGCAAGAAGCCGCCAACGUGGAAUAUCGUCGAGCGAGCGGGCCGUAAGCGCUCAUGGAGAUCAAAUCGGAGGUCCUCAAAACGGAGCUGAUGUUAUGUCUGCUCAAUCCCAACAAAACCAAAAAUCUGGAAAUGGAGCCCAAGGAAUAUUUGGAUUGUGGGGUAACUCUGGUGUAAAUGCGAAAACGCCAAACCAAGAAAUUUCCGCUGCAAAUUUCCUUCCAGAGGUUCCCGAAACGCAAUUAGGACGUAAAUUGACAAGUCGAGAACAAAGAGAUGUAGCGAUUAUCGAGCGGCUCAUCCGUAAUUAUUUCAUGAUUGUUAGAAAGAACAUCCAAGACAGUGUGCCGAAAGCAAUUAUGGCUCUCCUUGUAAAUUAUGUCCGUGAUAACCUUCAAUCAGAACUUGUACGUCAACUUUAUAAACCGGAUGAGUUGGAUGAUUUGCUCGCCGAAACAGAGGAUAUGGCGCAAAGAAGGAGAGAUACCCUCGAAACUAUGAGAGCUCUCCAACAAGCAAGCGUUAUUAUAAGUGAAGUUCGCGAGACACAAGUGUGGUGA